AUCCAGCCUUGUCUCGUUAGCAUCGUUCUCGAUGCCAGAUGAUUCUCUGACAGUCGCUCAUCUACUUGCGACCAGAUCGACACGAGGCGUCGUCUCUAUCAGUUCGCGCUUGUGUUUAAAAUGCGGCGUGAUAUCAUCCGCGACGCGGUCAGAAAACACUUUUAAUAGUAAUUACAACCGUAAACACUUGCGAAAUAAUUUUUCAACAAUUGUCGUCGGUGUCGUCGAAUAGUGUACGCAACGGUUUAUUUAGAAUUCUCAACGCGUUUUCUUUCUGUCAGGAUAAGAUAAAUUGCGGUUGCGAGAUUGAAAAAAGGUUUAAGCGAGCCGUAAUCGUAGAUGUUUCUAGGAAUGUUGUGGAUAUAGAUUUUUUGUUUUUUUUUUGCCUCGAUAAUGAAUCGAUGGUUUACAUAGAUCAGGUGCCCUUGGUCGAAUAAUUACUACCCGCGAGAUUCAGAUUUUUCUUCGACUGGUCUGCCGCGGAGAACCGUGUUUCGAGUAACUCAUUGGCGCGAGGUUUACGCUGAUAAAACAUUGGUUCGAGGUGAUUGUUCGCUUGGAAAAAUUGCAGUGUAAUGAAAGAAUUGGCCGCGGGACGAAUCGUAUUCACGUUAUAAUGGGAUUGUGCAAGACGAGCAAGUGCUGCUCCUGUUUCUCGCGAUUCAGGGCGGUGUUCAGGCCCGAAACCGUCACCGACAGCCCUCUGAAGCCGAUAUGCACCAAACCGGAGUGCCUUCCGCGGCCACCUGCUACGCCUACUCCAGGGGAGGACUUUGGAGUUCCCGUUCUGACGAUCUUGGACGUGGACCCGUGCAUCCCCGAAAAUGGAGAGAAUCACAGGACGUCCAGAUACGACCUGAUGACGCGACAGGACGACAAGGCUAGGUUGGUCGUCAGACGUGGACAGGAGUUCUACUUGCACCUGACUUUGUCCAGGGAUUACGAUCCCAACAUCGACGGUAUGUCGCUGAUUUUCACGUUGGAUGGGAUCGAGAAGCCUCAGUAUGGCCACGGAACCCUCGUCGCGACCCCUGUUCUCUAUCCGGGGGAGGUUUCCGAGGGCUCCUGGCAAGCCACCAUCGACGCCAUUCAGGCGAACUUUCUUCGAUUGAAGAUUGUACCAAACGCGAACGCCAUAAUAGGCAAGUGGAAGAUGGACAUCGACACCAAGAACAAGAACUUGGACGGGGCUGUCAGCUAUACGAUGAAGAAUCCCUUUUAUCUGAUUUUCAAUCCGUGGAGCGAAGGCGACGCGGUGUACCUGGAGGAGGAAGAUCAGCGCCAGGAAUACGUGAUGGCGGAGGACGGUUUGAUAUGGCGCGGAAGUUACAAUCGCCUGAGACCAACGGUUUGGAAAUAUUCGCAGUUCGAGCGUGAUAUAUUGGACUGCGCUCUGCAUCUGAUGAUCCAAGUCGGGAGAGUUCGAAGUUCCGGAAGGGGCGACCCCGUUGUCAUAUCUCGCAUUUUGUCCGCGGCUGUAAACUCCCCGGACGACAGCGGGGCGGUGAUGGGUAAUUGGUCCGACGAUUUCGGGGGUGGGACACCGCCGACCAAAUGGCUGGGCUCUCAGAAGAUCCUUCAGCAGUACUACAAGACCAAGAAGCCUGUCAAGUACGGCCAAUGCUGGGUGUUUGCGGGUGUCCUGGCCACCGUGUGUCGCACCCUGGGACUACCUUGUCGGGUGGUGACCAACUAUGCGAGUGCCCACGACACUCAGAGCAGCUUGACCGUUGAUUAUUUCGUGGACGAAGAGGGGAGGAUCAUGGAGGAGCUGAACAGCGAUUCCAUAUGGAAUUUCCACGUGUGGAAUGAAGUUUGGAUGCAGCGAAUGGAUCUGUCGGCCGAUUGUUCCGGUUGGCAAGCAAUCGACGCGACGCCUCAGGAGCUGAGCGAAGACGCGUACCGUUGCGGGCCGGCUUCGGUGGCUGCUGUGAAAAAGGGCGAGGUUCUUCGCCCUUACGACAACGGUUUCCUCUUCGCCGAGGUGAACGCUGACAAAGUGUUCUGGCGGUACAACGGGCCGACUCAGCCGUUGAAGUUGAUUCGAAAGGACGUCUACGGAAUCGGUCAGUUUAUCAGCACGAAAGCGGUGGGAAGAUGGGCGAGGGAGGAUAUCACCGAAACGUACAAGUAUCCAGAAAAGUCGGACGAAGAACGGGCCGCCAUGUUGAAGGCGUUGCGGCAAAGCCAGUCAUUGUUCAGCCGUUACUACCUCAACGAGGAGUUCAACGACGUCCAUUUCAGCUUCGAGCUCCGCGACGAUAUCGUGAUCGGACAGCCAUUCAGCGUCGUGUUGCUGAUCAAAAAUAGAAGCACGAACCAAGAGUACCGGGUGUCCGUGAUCUUGAGGGUGGAGACGGUUUUGUACACCGGUAGAGUCGGAGACCCGGUGAAACGAUUGAGCAUAGAUCGACUGGUGAGACCUGGGGUCCUCGAAGAGGCGCGCAUGGAGGUUUCUUGGGAGGAAUAUGGGCCCAGAUUGCUGAACCAGUGCGCGUUCAACAUUUCCUGCCUGGCUACGGUCAAGGACACCAAUUUCGAGUACUUUGCGCAGGACGACUUCCGCGUUCGGAAACCGGACAUCAAAAUCCUGGUGGAGAACGAGCCCGUGGUCGGCGAGACGUUGAACGCGAGGGCCAAGUUUAAGAACCCGUUGCCCCUCACCUUGAGAAAGUGUAGAUUCUUGAUCGAGGGACCCGGUCUUGAGGAACAGUUGAAAAUAAAACUGACGGAAACCGUGGACGUCGACGCGUUCGCCGAGUGUUCCUUCUCCAUGGUACCGAAAUUCGAGGGUAGAGCGACGAUCGCCGCCAAGUUUUACUCGAAAGAGCUCGAGGACGUCGACGGUUUCGUCAACUUCAUGGUGAAACCCGCGAGGCCUGUUGCCAACGGCGAGUAACGAGUCCUCGAAAAUACGAGCGAACGAUCGCCAAAUACGUGUUCGUAGGUCUUUCGCGAAGCUUUCAAGUAUUUAUUUCUGUUACUUUGUAUACAAUAAAUUAUUCGAACGGAA